AUGGACACAUCAGGCACAAAUGAGCAGUUGUGUAGACCCUCGGCAGUCCCAGAGACCAUACCGACCAGUACCGUAAUGGAUGAUAAUGAUGGCAUUCCAUGGUCUGAAGAAAGGGUGGUUCGUAGAGUGCUCUAUCUCUCCCUCAAAGAAUUUAAAAAAGCUCAGAAGAGCAAAACUGAGAAUGGUCUCAGUACAGGAAUCAUAAACGGUUCUUUUGCGAAUGGUCACCUGAGUGGAUCAGGACCUAAAGGCAGCGUGUUUUCAGGGAACUGUAAGGCCGAGAGGGGUCGCCGCGCCGCCCCGAAAAAUGACGUUUGCAGUGAGUACUCAGAAGACGGACCCGUCAAAAAGAGGCCUAGACUGCAGGCUCAGAGGAAAUUUGCCCAGUCUCAUCCCAGCUCUCCCAAUGCAACUCCAGUUAAACUAGUAGAGGCUAUGCCGCCCAGUCCUGCCUCCCCACUCAAUGACCUGUCCAAACGCAAACCCAAAACAGAAGACUUCCUCACCUUCCUGUGUUUGAGAGGCUCUUCAGCGUUGCCCAGCAACAUGACAUACUUUGGUACAGCCCAAGAGGAUGGAGAAGAUGAGGAAGAGGAGAAUGAGGAAGAAGAAGAGGUCGAGCCAACUGCUAAUGAUGCCUCGGUAUCCAGCCAGUCCACUUCAAGGAGGAGCAAAGCACUUAACAAAGUCAUCACAAAUGGUCAUGUGUUUAACGGGCAGGCGAAAAACGGAGGACGGGAGGUUAGCCUGAGGUCCAAAGGGAGAGAGGGGGCCCAGGGGAAGGAGAGAAACCAGAGGGAGCAGAGCUCAGGCCAUACCAGCCUUCCAGCGAGACCCUCCAGCACGCAUAAUCUCCGGCCAAGCAAACCCGCACAGGAGCACAAACAACAGACCUCCAAAGUGAAUGGACUCCAGAGAGCUUCCUCCACCAGUGCCAGGAGAGCGAGGGACCUCCCUCCUCCACCAACCAAAGCUGUGAAAUAUCCCAAGGGCCAUGUGACAUACACCAAAGCCAGACUGCUCAAGGAGGCCAAACUCAACCUGAGUGCCCACACGCCACGCCAUGUCAGCACCCACCACCCCAACACCCAUCCUCAGCACUUGAACUCAGGAAAAGUUCAAACCAGCCACUCCAAGACUCCAAAACAGGUGCUAUUACCCAGCCCAGGUCCCUCUGCAACCAAAGGCUGCUGCUCACAGCCAAGUGGCAGGACCAACGGGAAGCCAUGUGGUGUAGAGACCCCUAAGGUGAGGCGAGAUGGACUAAGACAGUCAAAGAGGCAGCUGGAGAUGUCGGGGGGCCCUGAGACAGUACAAGGGGUCGAGGUCGAUGUCAAAAAGGUUAAACUGCAGGUUACCUCUCCUGAGACUCGCAGCAGGAGAGCAGCACAGGAGACGCCCACGUCCAACAGUCCCGUUACGACGGGCGAAUCUCAGCCCGUUGGCUCACAGAGACCCAAACGCGCCUCUGCAGGGAAGCUCAUGUUCACCAGACAGGGACAAUGCAGAGCAACAGCUCCUGCCAAGAGCAGCCCCACUACCUCAGCACAGAAUCCCCCCCCCGAAUCCCCCAAACCAGCCGAAACACACAAUCAGACCAACCCGCCCAAACCCGCAGAGCCUCCCGAAGUGGACGACCCCGAUGGGGUCAAGGAAAAGGAACAAGACAAGUGUAGUGCAGUCGGUGCAAUAACGGAAGUUCCGGUGUUCCAUCCAGGCCCGCGGGAAUUUCACGAUCCGUUGGCGUACGUGGAGCUGGUGCGAGAACAGGUGGAGCCGUUCGGACUGUGCCGUGUUGUGCCGCCCCCUGGCUGGAGGCCUGAGUGUAAGCUCAAAGAAGAAAUGCGAUUUGUCUCUCACAUCCAGCAUGUGCACAAGCUGGGCAGACGCUGGGGUCCUAACGUCCAACGGCUAGCAUGCAUCAGGAAACACUUACGCGCCCAGGGCAUCACCAUGGAGGAGCCACCACUUAUAGGAGGCUGUGAGCUGGAUCUCGCCCGCUUCUCCCAGCUCAUAAAUGACAUGGGGGGCAUGCAGCAGGUCACGGACAUGAGGUCCUGGAGCCGACUGGCCGACCUCCUCGGCAUCCCCAAGUCGGCGCAGGACCGCCUGGCCAAACUCCAGGAGGCCUACUGCCAGUACCUGCUCUCCUACGACUCCCUGUCCCCGGCCGACCACGCUCGGCUGGAGAGGGAGGCUCUGGCGGAGAAAGAGAGCCUGGAGAGGAGGAAGGGUCCUCUGGAGGGCCAGGCAGACAUCUCCCAGCAGGCGGCCCUGCAGCUGCCGCGCUUCGAACCCAAGAACGGCCUGGUGAACGGAGCCCUGCACCACAGCGGCAUGCGCGAGCACCUCAAAGAGCUAGACCCGCUGACCAAAAACAGCCGGCGGCGACUCUUCUCUCAGGAGAAGAGAGGAGAAGAGGAGGGAGACGCGUUCAGUGACCUGCAUAAGUGCAUCUACAAGGGGAAAUCGUUCUCCCUAACAACGUUCUUUAGGGCAGCCAGGAAUACCAUGAACAUGAGCUUCAGCAAAGAGCCAAACCUAGAUGAAGUGGAGCAAGAGUAUUGGAGAUUAGUAGAGGAAAAGAAAUGCCAUGUUGCAGUGCAUUGUGGGAGAGUGGACACAAAGACUCAUGGGAGUGGAUUCCCAGUAGGGAAAUCUGAGCCAUUUUCUAAGCAUGGAUGGAAUCUCACUGUCCUUUCCAAUAACUCAGGAUCCAUCCUGCGUCAUCUUGGCGCUGUACCAGGAGUGACCAUCCCCUGGCUGAACAUUGGCAUGGUCUUUUCUACCUCAUGCUGGUCCUGUGACCAGAACCGCCUUCCAUACAUAGAUUACCUACACACUGGUGCUGACUGCAUAUGGUACUGUAUUCCAUCUGAGGAGAAGACAAAACUUGAUAAAGUAGUUCACACACUGCUGCAGGCCAAUGGAACCCCAGGACUUGAGAUGUUGGAGAGGAACAUUAUGGUCUCUCCAGAGGUGCUCCGUCAAGCAGGGGUCACAGUUUACCGCACUGUUCAGCAGAGUGGCCAGUUUAUGAUUUGUUUUCCAGGGACCUUUGUGUCCAAGGUGUGCUGCGGGUACAGUGUAUCAGAGACAGUGCACUUUGCCACCCCCCAGUGGCUGAGACUGGGCUAUGAAGCUGCUAAGGACCUGAAAAGUCGACACAUAAAGGAGCCUUUCUCCACCGACAGGCUGCUGUACCAGAUCGCUAUGUCCGAGUGCAAACGUGAAAACAGUCAUCUUCUAAGUGCUGUCUCCACACUGAUCAAAGACCUCAGGGACACGGAGAUAAGCCAGCGACGGAGCUUGCACAAGGCCGGGCUACGAUUGUCUGCCAGAUACGGCUCAGACUCAGAGAGCCACUCUCCAGGCGAGAAAAAGAAACAACAGCGCCCUCGUGUGACAGAGGACACCUCCGACAGACGCUGCCAGGUGUGCCAACACCUCUGCUACCUCUCCAUGGUGGUUCAUGAAAACGAUAACGUAGUCUUCUGUCUGGAAUGUGCGCUACGUUACAUCCAGAGACGCAGGUCCUCGCGAGGCUUAAAGAUGAUGUUUCGCUAUACUGCGGAGCAAAUGAACAGCCUGGUCAAUCAGGUAUGCGGGAAAGUGUCUGAGAGGAGCGGCGAGAAGCGCAGAGCUGUGAACCCCGCCGUUAAGACACCAGCAAAGCGCAGCCCCAGGAACAGGAGUUCAGCCCAGGUCUCCCUCGCCCGCCCCUCGACGAAAACCACAGCACGUUCCUGA